AUGUUGAAGAGGGAGAUCCCAGCGCCAGCACCCGCGCCCGCGCCCGCGCCCGCACGGAAGUCUUUACCAGCCCCUGUUAGCACAAUAUCACCGAAUAUCUUGACCAAAUCACCUAGCAUGUCGCACGUGCAAACGCCAACCAGCCACUUCGACACACCUGCCGUUCUGACAUGCGUCGCAGACGACUGCUUCCAGGUAGCGCAUUCAGCUGUACAUGACAUAGCGACGUCGCUUGACAAGCAGCGCGUGGACGAAUACUACAAGCUCAUCGCGACGGGACUUGGUUGUCUCGACGCUGCGCUCAACCUGAACAAGCUGCCUCCACGGGCUGAGGCGAACAUCCGGCUGCGAUAUGCAACAGCGCUGAGCGAAGAGACCGACAAUUUGAUGGAAGCAGAGACCGCGUUGACCAAGGGAAUUGCAGUUUGCGAAAAGAACCGGUUCACGGAUCUGAAAUACUGCAUGCAAUUUCAGUUGCUCAAGGUCCUGUUCAGGAGAAACCGCAAAGCCGCUUUCAUUGAGAUAGACAAGAACAUAGGGGAUGCUAUUACGUACAAAGCGGUCGACUGGGUGUACGCUUUCCGGUUCCUCAAGGCUUCUCUCCACCUCCAAUCCAGCAACCCAGCCGAUGCCCAGGCUCUGGAAAAUCUCCGCAACAUCACAGGCUUUGCAAGCAAGCGAGGCGACCUUGCAAUAGCAGUACUGACGUCUCUUCUUGAGGGAAUAACACACCUCAAGGCCAGGAAAGAUGACUCGAUCAUCCCUCAAGUUGAGGUGCUCAUCCUCCUCCUGGAUCUAGCCUGCACGUUGCAGCAAAAGGCGCCACAGGUGGCCAUGCAAAAGCUGAAGGCGCUGCAAGCCCGUAUGGAUGAGCUCGUUCAGGCGCACGACUGGGACAAGAUGUUGGACCAACUCCAUCUUCCGCUCAAGAAGCAGUCCAACUCGGGCGCCUCGGUUACGAGUGAUACCAAGACCAUCAUUCAAUCUGGAGACGGGGAACACAACUUCAUUGUCUUGUCAUUUGUCACCAAAGUUCAUGCAUUCGUUCUAGCAUACGUCUUGAGCGGUCUAGCAUUACUGUACCAAGGAUCUAAGAGUGAAAAGGUCAUGGAAUAUUGGACGGAGGCCUUGAACAUGCUGGUUCCUGCCCAUGCACGAACACCCGCUCACUCGUUACCAAUGGCCAUAGAACAGGCCAGGUGGCAAGCGGAGGUGAAGUGCUACAUCUACGCCCUCAUUGCAUUGAUAUCAGCAACACGUACACAAUGGAGCAGAGUGCAUGACUGCAUCCAGAAGAUCGAGGCACUAAACCCGAAGCCCGAGGGCGGCCGCCUCAGUCUGCUGGUGCUUUAUGUGACUGGAGUGUAUCACCAGGGUACUGGAGACAUUGACAGAGCGCUCCAAAUAUUCAGCGACCAGCGCUUUAUGAUCCCAGCCGCCGGUACCAUAAAUGGCAAUCCGGGCACGCCGCCUUCUGAGGUAGCCCUCCUUGCAGCCAUGAACAGGGUCUGGAUCAUGCAAGACCCGUCCCACCGAGACGACGAAAAGCUCACCGACCUUAUCGAGAAGAUCACGCCGUACUGUUCUGACCACGCAGAUGUCGACAUCCGCACCGCGUUCAAUCUCAUGCAGGCUGCACUUCAGACGGAACCGCGCCAAUCGAUGCAGACGGUCAAGAAACACAUCCAGGUCGGCCUGAAAUGGGCGCAGGGCGCAAACAACACUCAGCUUCUCGCUGUUGCGCUGAACCUGAUGAGAGCGGUGCUCUUCGAGAACGUCGUCGGUGACCAGGCCGUCAAGAGCGCCAGGGCGGGGCGGCAACAGGCCAACAAGGCAGGCAAUCUGCUGUGGAUGAGUGUAGGCGACGGCAUGCUGGCGCAGACGGAAGAGAUGCAGGGGGAGAUUGAAGAGGCGGAACGGCUGCGCGAGGAUGGGACGCGGCAUGCGAAUCAGGCUUUCGUAAAGCCCGAGGGGACUUGA